AUGGGAUUAUUAUCAUUUGGAACACCGUUGGCAUGGGAGGAAGCGAAAAUUUAUUCGGAUCAUGUUCGUGUUAAUGGUAUAAAUCAUUUUUCAUCUAUUUAUCAUAAACUGAAAAAUAAACAAAAGGAUUGUUUAUUAUGGGGUGAUGAGGUUGAAUAUAUGGUAGUUACAUUUGAUGACGAAAAUAAGAAUGCAAAGUUAUCUUUAAGAGUAUUCGAAAUUUUAAGUGAAUUACAAAAAGAGGAAGAAGCAGCAUUGCAAAACAGUGAAUUGAAUGGAACAUCAUGGAAACCGGAAUUUGGAAGAUACAUGCUUGAAGGCACACCCGGACUUCCCUAUGGAGGAACUUUGAAGGACAUACUUCAAGUUGAGCCAAACAUGAAGUUUCGUAGACAACUUGCCGCAAAAUAUAUGAAACCAAAUGAAGUUCCGAUUACUAUAGCAAGUUUUCCGAGGCUUGGUUGCCAAGGUCAAUUCUUGGAACCUCAUUAUGAACCAAGAGGUGAAGCUUCAAGAAGCUUGUUUGUACCUGACGAAAUAAUUAAUCCACAUGCUAGGUUCCCAGGAUCAAAAGUUGCAAUUAAUAUGCCAAUUUUUCAUGAUAUAAAAACACCAAAACCUUUCAUUGAUCCAACAAUCCCGAGAGAUCGUAAUUUAUUCCCUGAAGACAAAGAAGCUGCUGAAGGUGCAGCAUUACCCGACCAUAUUUAUAUGGACGCGAUGGUUUUUGGAAUGGGUUGUUGUUGUCUUCAGAUUACCUUUCAAUCUUGUAAUAUUGAAGAAGCGAGAAGACUUUAUGAUCAGUUGGCGAAUAUGGGUCCCAUAAUGUUAGCUUUAACAGCUGCUGCCCCGAUUUAUAGAGGGUAUCUUGCGGAUGUGGACUGUAGAUGGAACGUCAUAGCAGGCAGUGUUGAUGAUCGUACUAAGGAAGAACGCGAUCUAGAGACAUUAAAACCUGAAUACAAUGAUUUGGAUUUAGUUUACGAUAAAGAAAUUUGUAAAAAGUUGAUGGAUGAUGGUAUUGAUGAACUUUUGGCUCGUCAUGUUGCUCAUUUGUUUAUCAGAGACCCUUUAGUUAUUUUUAAAGAAUUGAACAUUCAAUCAACGAAUUGGCAAACGAUGAGAUUUAAACCACCACCACCUAAUUCCAACAUAGGUUGGAGAGUAGAAUUUCGCAGUAUGGAAAUUCAAAUCACAGAUUUUGAGAAUGCCGCUUUUGCGGUAUUCAUUGUAUUGUUAACUAGAGUAAUUUUAAGUUAUGGGUUAAACUUUUAUAUACCCAUUUCAAAGGUUGAUGAGAAUAUGUUGAUAGCUCAUAAAAGGGAUGCAGUAUUGAAUGAUAAGUUUUGGUUUAGAAAAAAUUUGUUUGAGAAUGAGAUCAAUAAUGGUAUUAAUAGAGAGUCUUUGAAUGCAGAUGGAUCAAGUGAGGAACAUCACACAAAUACGCAACAACCGAAUGGAGAUACACCAACAUCCAUCGAAGAUGAAUAUGAACAAAUGAGUAUUAACGAAAUUAUUAAUGGAGAUGGUGAUAAAUUUCCAGGAUUGAUUAUUUUAAUAUUUCGUUAUCUUGAAUCAGUUAACAUUGAUAUUGAAUCAAGAUGUAUGUUGGGAAAAUAUUUGGAAUUUGUUAGUAGAAAAGCAGGAGGAAAAUUACAAACAACGGCAAAGUGGAUUCGUGAAUUUGUUAGAUCCCAUCCAAAAUAUCAACAAGAUUCUGUUGUUACGCAAGAAAUCAAUUAUGAUUUAAUGAAAAUGAUUGAUAAGGUUCAAAAAGGUGAAGCAGGUGCUCCUGAAUUAUUGGGCGGUUUCGGAAUUGAUUCAUAA